GCUAGCUUUACCUAAGCAGACCCUUGCUUUACCCCAUAAAUUACCUCAUUGAUUGCUAGUUCUCCAAAUAUUUAACCAAACAAUAUUUUCACUCAUUGUCUUAGCUAACGUUACCCCAUAGCUAUGUGUUGGUGUUUGGCCUCGGAAACUCAGUGAUGUCUAGCUAUCGUUAAAUAGCUAACGUUAGCCAGCUAACUUAGCUUGCUAAUUAGGUAGCUAGCGCCUUCUGUAACGUUGAGCUCGCUCAGUAUUCAGACGUUAUUGUAGUUAACUAGAGCAGUGCAGUCUAAUUGCAUUGAAUAAUUCUGCAUUUGAAGAGCUCUAACAAGCUAGGUAGAUAUCCCUUCAUUUCCAGGCAGCUUUAGCCCCUCACUUCUAGCCAACUUUAGCGGGCACUUUGCAUGGAGACUAGAGUACAUGUUUGUAGAGUGGAAGGAACACACGAUGAUCGAUCAACUGUGUGUAUAGGGCUUUGCCACCUGAUGAUUUGGGUGGGUGUAGUCUUCUCACACCCCUCAUCCUGAGUGAACCCCCUUGAUGCGCCCCUGUACCCCCAAACACACACGCAUUCAAUCCACGCACCGGCGAUGACACACCAUCCCAACAACUCAGUUCGAGACCACAUGAAAUGGGCUGGGUUGCUGGGCUGUGAGGCAGUGCUGUCCAGCAUGGCCCUAAUGCAGGCCAACAACAUGUCUGGGGGACAAAAGAAGAUGUCACAGCACGACCAGGUCCAGAGGGACAUCAACAACCCUGAGAGCCACCAGCAGCAGUCUCACCAAUCACACCAUGGACACCACAACAAUCACCAGUCCCACCACAGUCACAUGGUCCUGCCCUUGGGGGUCAGCUGUCCACCCCUGUUUAUUAGAAAGGAUGGACACUCAUUUCACGCACCCAGGCUGCUGGAUGAGAAAGAUAUGCAGCCCAGCCAGAAUACACAACCGACAAAAAAGAAGCACAGAAAAUCAGCAACACCCAACAAGCUGAGAGAGAAAGUGGAGCAGGUGGAGAUGGAUAUUAACGGUGAUGAUCAUAAUUCACAAGUACAGAAGAACUUUAUCUGUGAGCACUGCUAUGGAGCAUUCCGAAGUAGCUACCACCUGAAGCGGCACAUUCUCACUCAUACAGGGGAGAAGCCGUUUGCGUGUGACGUGUGUGACAUGCGGUUUAUUCAGCGAUACCACCUGGACAGACACAAGAGAGUUCACAGUGGAGAGAAGCCCUACCAGUGUGAUCGCUGCAAUCAGAGUUUCUCGCGGACGGACCGUCUGCUACGUCAUCGCCGUCUGUGUGGGGCGGGAAGGAGCAUUCCCAAGGAGGAGAACCAGUCAUUCUCCUGCGAGGGCAGAGGAGGAGCCUACUCCCAGGAUGCACCUGGGCACACGGCUGCCUGGAGCCCCCUACAGCAGCAGAACAGCCGUCUGGCUGUCUGACCUUUAACUGCUGACCCUCUCACAGACAACAGUCCUCAGCUCAGUGGCACCACAUACUAGAGCAGACCAGUACUGCAUCCUCCCUCAGCCCAGAUAAACCUGGCUAAGACACCAAACCUUAAGUUUUUCUCACCAGCUAGCUCAUAUCCUGUUGAUGGGAUAGUGGAUUAUUUUCUACUUUUGUAAUAACUUUUUAAAUAAAUGUUGUAUUGUUACGUACAUGGUACUUAACAGAAGGAGAAGACGAGACCUCGGGUGGGGUGGGAGGAGUUUGGGCAAGCUGUCAUAUUACUACGGCAAUAAUGAAUCCAUUAACUGACAUGUUUUAGGCUCAAUUGGACAAGUGUUUUUUUGACUGGAGACUUAAGCUCUUUCCAGACAGUAAGUGAACAUUCGGAGUGGAGUUCGGCAGAUUCCUAUUAUCUGCGCUAGGCAGCUUUCACGUGCACUGCUGACCGCUCCGCUUGGAUAGAAUUCGGCCCCCCCCACCUAGCUCCAUUGAAUGGGAAACUCCACUGCCACUUCCUGCCUGGAAAGCCCUUUAAUGUGAGGUUGGUCUGGUCAUACCAAUAUGAACAAAUGUCUUUGCUUCAAUUUUUUCUCUCCAUUUGAUUGUAUGUGUACUCUUACCAUUGGACAAUACUGAUCAGUAACCUAGGACACUCUUCCUGAUCCACUAGCAGCCUCAGUGGCCAAGCACAUACUAUGGACAUUAUUAAGUAUUUGAAGGACAAUGUUGAACACACAAAUCCUUGUGGCCUUGAACCACUCAAAUUCAUUCAAGUUGGUUCUGUUACUACUACUAGCUUAACAGUUCCUGGUUUGACUUGUUAGUGAAUGGCCGUAGCCUAAUAGACCUGUGUAACUAGCUGACACUACCUUGAUAUUGAGAUCAUUGGGUAGUUGACACAUUUCUUGUUCUAACUUUCUAAUUUGCUACACUGGUCAGAUGUUUAACUCUAGAACCUCUCAUAGCUACCGUUUUGAGGACAGUGGCCAUGGAAAUGGAAUUACUCAUGUCCAUUCUAGUAUUCUAAGUGAUCUUGUAUUUUUGUUGUGAAUAAUCAGGUGUUUUAUUUCAAAGGACAUCUGUGCAUGUAAGCCUAUUCUAUAUUCAUUCAGACUCUAUGAAGAGUAUAUCACUAUUUUUUUAUUUUUUUGUCCUUCAUUAUCAAAUGUCCUGAGUAUGUCGAUCCAUCUUGUCAUAUUUCUGGUGUUAUUUUAAAGAAGGGGUAAUCUCAUGAAGCAGGACAGUUGAACAGUUUGUGAACAAAUGCUUCCUCUAUAAUAUCAUACCGUGUUGAUGUUUCUACAGUGAGCUCAGUGUUGUGACAGUUUUUGUUGUUUUUCGCUCUGUACUCCAGCACGUUGGAUUUGAAUGAUACACGAGGUUAAAGUGCAGACUGUCAGCUUUAGUUUGAGGGUAUUUUCAUCCAAAUCGGGUGAACCGUUAAAUAAUUACAGCACUUUCUGGUCAUAGUCUCCCUGUUUAAGGGGCCAAAAGUAUUGGGACAAAUUCACUUAUACAGGAUGUGUAUUAAAGUAGUCAAAAGUUAAGUAUUUGGUCCAAUA